UAGAGAACGAAAGUGAUUAUCAUGAGGGCAGCAGCAGCAGUGGCUCUUGCAAAGAACCAAAAAUAAUGUAUUUGUGUUUUGAAAAAAUGUUUUUAUUACAAUUUGUUUAGUUUUUAAUAAGCAUUGUGGUGUGUCUAUUGUUCAGUGCUUUGUGAACUUCUUCAGUGUUAAAAUAGUGGUGGAACCAUUCUUGUGUAGAUGAUAUUGCUCAUGAAGAAUUAAUGGUCAACUGCUCAGACCGAUUAACAGGUUUGUGGUGAAUUGUGAAUAAGUUUCCAUUCAAAGUGCAAAGUGCAUGUAGUGGUUCAUUAUAGAAGAACAGCUGGAAGGAACUGGACUCCCUCCUUUGGUCAUCUGCAUGGGGAGAUGGCGGCAUUGCUGGCUGCCACAUGCGUCUGCUGACCUACUGCUGUCCCUGCCGCACUCACAAUGAACCUGAACCAACGGUGCUGGUGACAACUCCAGCUUGCAUGCUGUUCCUCAGCCCCAAGAUGUCAUCUAGGCUGUCCUCCUUGUUCUACACUGUGGAGGUUGGAGACACGAAGUUCACUAUUCUUAAACGAUAUCAAAAUCUGAAGCCCAUCGGCUCUGGAGCUCAAGGUAUUGUUUGUGCGGCUUACGACACGGUCACUCAGCAGAAUGUUGCCAUCAAGAAACUAUCGAGGCCGUUUCAGAAUGUCACACAUGCUAAGAGGGCGUAUCGCGAGUUCAAACUUAUGAAACUUGUAAAUCAUAAAAAUGUAAGUAAAAUUUGUUAUCUUCCAAUAUUAUGCUAUGCUUGUACACUAUUUUUUACAAAUAAAUCAAACUAUCCAUCUGUGCAUCUGGGCUGAUUUUCCCCAUCAUGA